UCAGAAAAUUAUCACUAUAAUUAAUCUACAUACACUCUGGAGAGGCAUGGCAGAUAUAAUUAGGAGGAAGUAGUAGAGGCUAGAGAGAGAUUAACUAUGUGUUCUUCUGGGAUCAAGGCCGGAGCAUUGUAUUGUUUUAUUGAGUGGUGAGUUGACUGGGCUUGCGCCGCCGCCACACUCUCCGGCCACCGUCGGUAGUACCUCUUCCGUUAGCUGCAGCAGAAAAAGUAAAACCUCCGAGCUUUAAUUGCUCAAUAGAAGCGAGAGAGAGGUUGUGGAGGAAGAGGAAUUUAUUUGGAAGAAUGGCGGGAGCAUACAUGAUGAGCAUGGGGGAAGCACACAGACGAAUACUUGAUUAUCUUAACCGCUUCUCCGACGCAGUCUCCACGCAAGACGGCAAAUCCCUCAGCCGUCUCCUAUCCAUCUCCUCCGACUCUCACCACCUCCUUUCCCUCGCCGACGCACUCAACACCUUUCAGGACGCCAAUAGGCUGAUUAGACAGUCUGAGGAAUACUCUCAGUAUGCUGACAUACUACUUCCUAUAUUUCGCGCUUUGCAAAGUUAUCGUCUCAGAAACCUGGUCGAGUCCUACCAAGCUUUUGAGAAAGCUUCCAAUGCUUUCAUUCAGGAGUUUCGUAAUUGGGAUUCAGCGUGGGCUUUGGAAGCACUAUAUGUACUGGCCUAUGAGAUUAGGGUUCUUGCUGAGAAGGCUGAUAUAGAAUUGGCUUCAAAUGGGAAGACUCCAGAGAAAUUGAAAGGGGCUGGUUCACUCCUUAUGAAAGUUUUUAGCACUCUUGCUGGAAAAGGUCCCAAGCGUGUUGGUGCUCUAUAUGUGACCUGCCAACUUUUCAAAACUUAUUUCAAGCUUGGUACUGUUCAUUUAUGCCGUAGCGUCAUAAGAAGCAUUGAGACAGCUCGAAUUUUUGAUUUUGAAGAAUUUCCUGUUCGGGAUAAGGUCACCUACAUGUAUUACACAGGCCGUUUAGAGGUGUACAAUGAAAACUUUCCAGCGGCUGAUCAUAAGUUAUCAUAUGCUUUAUCGCAUUGUGAUGCUCGGAAGGAAGCAAAUAUAAGGAUGAUACUCAAAUAUCUGAUACCUGUAAAGCUAUCAAUUGGAAUUUUACCACACGCACAGCUCCUUGAGAAUUAUAAUCUAAACGAGUACAGUAACAUUGUGCUUGCACUGAAAAGAGGUGAUCUUCGACUUCUUCGACAUGCCCUCCAGGAGCAUGAAGACAGAUUCUUAAGGUCAGGAGUUUACCUUGUCUUAGAGAAGCUAGAGCUCCAAGUUUACCAGAGAUUGUUGAAGAAGAUCCACAUCAUCCAAAAGCAGAAGGAUCCAAACAAGGCUCACCAGAUAAAGUUAGAAAUUAUUGUUAAAGCAAUGAAAUGGCUUGAGAUGGACAUGGAUGUAGAUGAGGUGGAAUGCAUAAUGUCCAUUCUAAUAUAUAAAAAUCUUGUCAAAGGGUACUUUGCUCACAAGAGCAAAGUGGUGGUUUUAAGCAAACAAGAUCCUUUCCCAAAAUUAAAUGGCAAGCCAGUUAGUUCCUAGAAGAUUCUGCUGAUACGUGCUCAAAUUCAUAAUGGUCCAUUUGUUCAGCUGCCUCUCUUCUGAUCUGACUGACUUUGCGGAAGAUGCGAUGGUGCUUCUCAGACGGUUAAGGUCCGCUACAUCUCAUUGUCUGACCGAGAUUGGAGUAUAUGGCGCCGAAUAGUUUUGAUUCCUAAGCUUCAGCUAAAUUCCAUUUUACUCUUGUAAGUGUAAAAUUAAUGAUGUUUUUUGGGCUUGGGGAGGUACAGAUUUUGAUUCUUUGAAGCACGUAGAAUUACUUCUGCAGCUAUAUUCUGCAGCUUGACUGGUUAUCGGGUAGUUGCACGUUAUUUUCUGCUGCUUCGAAAAGUUUUUAAUGGUUCUAUACUAGGCCCAAAUGAAGGGUAGUUGUAAAUUUGCGGCAGAGAUUUGCUUAUUAGUAGCUUUGUAACCAAUGACCCUUAAAGAUU